AUGAAUGUACUGUCUCGUUUGCUAAAUGUUGCUGCUAGGAAUAGUUUAAUUCGAUUCCACCCCAAAUGCAAACGUGUUUCUCUCACUCACCUUUGUUUUGCUGAUGAUUUGCUUAUUUUCUGCCAUGGGGAUGUGAGUUCUAUUUUGGUUGUUGUUGGAGUCUUGGGGGUUUUCUAUGAGCUGUCUAGCCUUCAACUGAAUGCUGGUAAAUCAGAAUUAUUUGCUUGUGGGGUUCAUGAUGAUAUUUUGAGCAGGGCGCAAGUUGUAACUGGUUUCAAAUUGGGUAGUUUUCCUGUCAGAUAUCUUGGAGUGCCUCUAGUCACUAGAAAAUUAACUGCCAAGGAUUAUCUUCCUUUGGUUGACAAUAUCAGAGUAUUUCAAAUUUCUGGUGUAGGCAGCUGGUUUUUCCUAAUGUGGUCAUCAAGCAGGUUGAGCAGCUUUGUCAAAGAGUAUGCUCUAAAGGGGACUGCUUUUUGGGAAGUUAGUCCCAAGCCUCAGUUUAGCUGGACCUUGAGAAAACUCCUCAAGCUUAGAAAUACAGUUGCAGAUUUAUUUGGCAAUGUUGUUGACUGGAACGCAGUUAAAAGUAAAUGGGUGUGGGAGAAGUUGAGAGACAAGAGGGAGAAGGUCAGGUGGGAACACCUAAUUUGGUUUCCCCUACAUGUUCCAAGGAUGUCUAUUGUUGCUUGGAUGGUUGUUUUGAAUAGGCUCCCAACUAAGGUCAAACUCAUCAAUAUGGGAAUGAAAUUGGAUGGACUUUGUGACCUCUGUAAUGCUGAGUUAGAAGACAAAGACCAUCUCUUCAAUGAUUAUGGUUUUGUUAGUGGAAUUUGGAGGAGUAUUCUGCAGACCUGUAAAAUUCCUCACAUGAUUCUGUGUUGGAGUGAUUCUUUGGAUUGGGCAGUAGUCAAUUUCAGGGGUAAAUCCUUGCUAGUUAGUAUUUUGAAGCUAGCUUGGAUUAGUCUUUUAUAUUUUGUAUGGGAAGAGCGUAAUUUCAGGUGCUUUAGAGGUUGUUCUCGGUCUGCUGAUAAUAUCUUUGAGUGUAUAAGAAGAUAUGUUGGUGAUAGGAUUAAUGGUUGCAGCAUUAACAAGGCUGACAGUGUUAAUCUCCAGCUUUGUCUGGAUUGGAACAUUGGCUAG